AUGUUUGCGUGGAACUGGCUUGGUGUUGUAAUGCUUAAACAAAAGUCCCAGUGCGCAGCUCUUUUGCCGUCUAUCCAUACCCAGAAAAUUAGCACGGAAGACGAGAUCGGACUGACGGUAAUUGAAGAAGAAAAGGAAGAGUCGUCCAGGAUGAGUCCUUCACCGUCACCGAGCAGCGGUUUUGAAAGCGAUCUGAAAGGCUACUCAUUCAACUCAUCUGAUACUCGUUCGGCUGUACCAGAACCAGUUCAAACAAUUGCAACGUCCUACUCGACAUUACAGACCUUCCGGCCUCCACCUCAUCCGUUGUGA